AUGUUGCGAUUGCAAGUAACAGCAUUGUCCAGACAUGCGGUUCAGAUGAGAAAUCCCAUCAUUGCAAAAUCGCUUCCAUCAACAUCGUCCUCAUCACACAUUAUCCGAGUAUGUUCAUGUCCAACCAUAUUCCAACAAAAACAACAUUUGACAGAUUCGCCUCCUCAACGUGUAACGAAAUUCAAAGUGAUAGAAUCCAACCCACCACUCGGUAAAAUGCCAGGCCUCUAUAAGGAACUUGUUAAAUUCAAGUUGGCAGCACUAGUUACAUUGACAACCAUGGCGGGCUAUGCUAUUGCCCCUGGUGAAAGUACCGUCACGACGCUUAUUGCAACUACACUGGGUACAGGGCUCUGUAUAGGCUCUGCCAACGCAAUCAAUCAAUGGAUUGAAACUCCAUACGAUGCACAAAUGCUGCGUACAAGAAACAGAGUACUCGGUAGAAGAGCAUUAUCACAGACACAUGCCUUUGGAUUUGGUACUCUUACUGGCGUUGCCGGUGUCUCCUUGCUGGCUACAUGUGUCAAUCCAAUUACAGCUGCAUUGGGUGCUGCCAACAUCCUGUUAUAUACCUGUGUCUAUACACCUAUGAAGAGAUCUUCCAUUGCCAAUACGUGGAUAGGCGCUGUGGUGGGGGCUAUUCCUCCCAUGAUGGGUUAUACGGCUGUCACUGACACACUAACAGAUCCAGCUGCUUGGGUAUUAGGUGGUCUUUUGUAUGCGUGGCAAUUCCCACAUUUUAAUGCAUUGGCUUGGAAUCUGCGUGCUGAUUAUUCAAAAGCCGGAUAUCGUAUGAUGGCUGUUACCGAUCCCAAACUGAAUGCUCGUGUCUCAUUACGAUACAGUUUGGCCAUGUUCCCGCUCUGCAUAGCUGUGCCUUACUUGGAUAUGACUUCAUGGUGGUUUGCUCUUGAUUCUACAGUGGUCAAUGGUGCCAUGGCCUAUGGCGCAUAUAAAUUUUGGAGAAACAGCAAUGAUAAAACCGGUAAGCAGCUGUUCUUUGGCAGUGUGAUCCAUUUACCAGUUCUCCUUGCGCUACUCAUGAUUCAUAAACGAUGGAAUCUACAUGGCAAUGCUCAAAUAGACGAACAAGAGGAAGAGGAGGUCGAGGAAAUUGUGCAAUGGGUGACAGAUGACGAAUAA